CUCCUGACAGGUGGCGGCAGUCCUGCUCCCACAGGAUGAGGUGUUUGACCAGAGGGAACGUUUGCCACCCACCUGCAACGUGAGUGGUGGCCUGGGCUGCCCUGACAGGGGACAGACGAUGCCGCAAGACCCGGGAAGGUCAGAGGCACCCCGCCCCCACACCUGCUCCCCUGGGGACACAAUGGGACAGACUCUGGAGCCAGACGCUGUCAGGAUUUAUGAGCGGACAACACCACAGGCAGAGCAUCCUCAUGCCGCCUGGGAGCCGGAACUGGAGGCUUCUCAGGCCUGGGAAACAGGAGCCAGGAGGGGUAUAAAAGGCCCACAUCUCUGAGCACCGCACACACACACACUCACACACACUUGCACACACACACUCACACCUCCUCCAGCCCCACCGCCCCCACCAUGGCCGCCUCCACCCUGUCCGGCUGCUCCAGCAACCUGAGCUACGGCAGCCACGUCUACCUGCCCGGUCCCUGUCACCCUUGCACCAGCUCCUCCUGGCAGUGGGACGACUGUCCAGAGAGCUGCUGCGAGCCCCCCUGCUGCGCCCCCAGCAGCUGCACCCCCGCGCCCCGCCUGGCCCUCGUCUGCACCCCAGCGAGCUGUGAGCCCAGCCCCUGCCUGUCAGGCUGCUCCAGCUCCUGCACCUCCUCCCCCUGCCAGCCGGCCUGCUAUGUGCCCGUCUGCUGCAGGCCCAUCUGCUGCAGGCCCGUCUGUUGCACGCCUGUCUGUUGCACACCCGUCUGCUGCACGCCCGUGUGCUGCGAGGCCUCCCCCUGCUCAGCCGCCUUGUGCUGCCAGCCCUGCCCCUGCCCCUGCCCCUCGUCCUGCUGCAGACCCUCGUCCUCCGUGUCCCUCCUCUGCCGGCCCGUGUGCCGCCCCGCCUGCUGCGUGCCCGUCUCCUCCUGUGGGGCCCCCGCCUCCUGCUGCCAGCCCAGCUGCUGCCGCCCGGCCUCCUGCGUGUCCCUGCUCUGCCGCCCCGCGUGCUCCCGCCCCGCGUGCUGCAUGCCCGCCUCGGCCUGCGAGUCCUGCUGCUGACCCCGGGGCCAGCGGGCUCAGGUCCCCCCCGUGACCUGGUCCUCCCAGCCUCCCCUCAGUCCCGACCAGGGUCAGGUGGCUGCCCCCCCUCAGGACAGGGUCCCCUCAUGUCCCCACUAUCCUGACCUGACCUCUGAGCCCUGCUCCCGGGGCUCCUGCCUCCCAGGAGGCGCCUCCACCCGCCCCUGGGUCGCCUCCCCUCCCUCUCCGUUCCUCUGCCCGGGUCCCUCGGCCUGGACUUCCAACCUGCCAGCACCUCCUCGGGCACCUGGAGAAAUAAACUCACUUUUCACCUGA